AAGAAACCAUACAUUCGUUUCAUAAGUUAUCUGAGGUAAUUUGCGACUGCGCGACCUUCCGGAAACCAUUGCGAUCUGGAACGACCCCUCGUUGCUCGACGAUUCUCGCACGCCUUGAUACUACGAGUCAUUAUCAGAUUUCGGAGACAUUUAACGACUGCUAAAGGUGAUGAUGGACGGUGGCUAAUGAACUGGGGUGCUGGUUAAUGGAUUCAGUUGCGGGGUCUUCUUGCAGCAUUAUUUGUUCGAGUUCUGCAACGGGCAAUCGCCGGGCAAAUAAUAUCUGCGUGACCUCUACACGCUUUGAUAUGACUCGUGCCACUCGCAGUCAUGCAUCUCUACAACCAGACCUGGGAACACCCAUGACCUUGGCCUCCGAACCGAGCGACAGCGGACCUACUCCAAACGACGAUGGUCAAGCCUCGACACCGACAAGCUCGACAAUCAGUACACCGCGCGCGACGAUGUCAAAAGUCGGUAAAAAGAAAAGCGGCAGAGGUAUUCCAAAAUCGAAAAGGGUCCGAACCGGAUGCUUGACCUGUCGCGAGCGCCAUCUUAAAUGCGACGAGGCAUUGGGCAAGUGCCAGAAUUGCCGGAAGUCGAACAGAAUAUGCAGGCGCGGGAUUCGUCUAAAUUUUAUAGAUACACAGACGGUUGCGCCUCCAUAUUACGCGAUUCGGAAGGCGGGUACGCGAUUGACAUUUCGGGAUGAGUCGAGGCAUAUUGCGUCGGAGUAUAUGGGAGGUUUUGAGAGAUAUCCCUCCCCGGAACCAGAUCUGCCGUUGGAGAAACAAGUUCCUGUGGAGUUUGGGUUGUCGGGUACUCUGAAUCCGCCUUUGCAGAGUACUCGUUCCUUCGUCUCGCCAUUGGAGCCUUCGCAGUUGGAAACGAUUGAUGCUAUGCUCAAUGGCUCUCCUCAGGCGUUAUUCUCCGUCUUUCCUGAACAGGAAGUGUCACUCAUUUCCUCGACGAGGCAGAUGAUACUCAAUCCAGAUUCUAGACCUCUCAAUCAUCAAGAGGAGAUUCAGCUUGUACGGACAUUUACAGAAGAGAUUGGGCCGUGGUUGGACUCUAUGGAUGCGUCAAAAUACUUUACGCAUAUUCUGCCGUUACGUGUUCUAGAUGAGCCCAUGCUUCUGAAGGCCGUCAUGGCAUGCGGAGCACAUCUUCACCCCAUGAGUUCCCUGAAUGGCGAAGACAGAGCUUCAUACUUCUAUUUUGCGGCUACCCAAGACCUCCUCAGUCAUUUGCAAAAUCCAGAUCGUGACUCGACUCUCUGUGCCAUGACUGCCACUGUUUUAGGAAUGUACGAAGUAUUGUCCUCAAGAGUUGUCCACGGCCUAAACCAUGUCGCUGGUGCCAGGGCUCUGAUCAGAGAAUGUCAUUGGGACGCAAGAUCACCUGGACUUGGAGGAGCAUGUUUCUGGCUUAGCAUGAUGAUAGAACUAUUGGCCUGUCUACGUUUCAACUUGUCUCUGGCCUGGGAUCCCGACACAUGGGACAUAGACAUGAAUAUGGGUGAAACAAGACCCCAUGCUACUGGUGGCGCAGAAAUGUGGACUCAUCGUAUUGUCUAUAUAUGCGCGAAGUCUGUCAAUCUCCGGUCAUCUGGCUCUCAGUUCCAGGAUGUGAACCAUGGAGUUACCGAAAUGAGGUUUCACGAAUGGGAUUUAUACAAUAAGUGGUGUGAUCAAUGGGAAAAGGCUGUACCGCGGUCUAUGAUGCCUCUUGGGCAUCUCGAUCCAUUGCAGGGUAUUCCUAAAUCAGCGUUUCCAGAGAUCUGGCUGCUUAACCAGACGGCUAUUCUCGCACGGCUAUUCUAUCUUACUGCACGGCUUUUGCUGUGUAAGAUGCACCCAUUCGAAUCGUAUAGUCCGGAGAUGCGCAAUGUACAGCAAAGCCAUGCGCAUGAGAUCUGUGGUAUCAUUGCGCAUAUCAAUGAUCGCGGUAUUUCUAGUCUAUCGAUCCGAUUCCUCGCCUUUGCUGCUGAAUGCCUCACCACAAGAGAAGCUCAGGAAGAAGCACUACAGAUCCUCGACCGUCUACUCAACGAAACCGGUUGGCAAUCCGAUACAAUUAAACAGGAGCUUCAGGAGGCAUGGGCCUGGACCAGUCAGCUACCCACCUCUACUGACCCCGCUUCACUGAUGAACGAGCAUCAUACCAUGCUGGAUUCGGCCAUGUCUAAAAUGCCGCCCGGAGUGAUCAACCCUACCAUGAUGACUGCGGACUUCUCCAUGGAGAAUCACCCGUAUCGGGACUUUUAUAUUCCUCCACACUCGCAGCAUUUUACCGACGAGUUUCAGUUUGGGACCUUUUAGACAUCGUAUAUAGGGCAUAUAUGGGGCGUUAUGUUUGCGAUUGUUAUUAUAUGAUACCAUUAUCUCAUCUGUCUUUCCUUGGAGGGAGAGAUUUCUAGAUUUAAAAAUAAAUAUUUUUCAUUUCUGGAUCGGCACUGUGCACAUCGACAGAUGCCCAGGGG